UGUCCUAUAAUUAUGUAAUUAUAUGGCAUAACAAAUGGUGCAUGUUCCCGCUAUAAAGGUUCUGGCCACGACCCAUAUUACGUUUGUCAAAGGAUAGACCUUGGCUGGUUCUGGUCGGAGAGAUGAAGUUCAUGAAGUACGCCAACUUCUUCUACAAAGCUGUAGGUAUAGAACCCUAUACCACCGAUUCUCGACCGCAGGCCAACAGCCUAAAGGCCAGCCUCGUCUUCUGGGCUAAUGUGCUCAAUCUGAGUGCGAUAGUAACAGGGGAGAUCCUCUAUUUGGGUGUUUCUCUGGCCGACGGGAAGCUGCUCGACGCUGUCGCUGUAAUGUCCUACAUCGGAUUCGUUAUCGUGGGUACGAGCAAGAUGUUCUUCAUCUGGUGGAAGAAGCCGGCCUUGAGCGACAUGGUGCGCGAUCUGGAGCACAUCUAUCCCCACGGAAAAGAAGCAGAGGAAGAGUACAAGCUGCAGAGCUAUCUGCGGUCCAGCUCCCGCAUAAGUGUGACCUAUGCCCUGCUCUAUUCCGUGCUGAUUUGGACCUUCAAUCUCUUCAGCAUCAUGCAGUAUUUGGUCUACGAAAAGUUGCUGCACCUACGCGUGGUGGGUCUGGCACUGCCGUAUACCGUGUAUUAUCCGUGGAACUGGGAAGCCCCCUGGUCGUAUUAUAUGCUACUCUUCUGCGAGAACUUUGCGGGCUAUACCUCGGCGGCGGGACAAAUAUCGACAGACUUGCUGCUCUGCGCUGUGGCCACUCAGGUGGUGAUGCACUUCGAUCACCUUUCGACGGUUCUGGAGGGCCACGAACUGAGUGGCAAAUGGGAAGAGGAUUCCCGAUUCUUGGUGAACACCGUGAAAUACCACCAGCGGAUUCUUCGCCUAUCGGAAGUGUUGAAUGAUAUCUUUGGCAUUCCAUUGCUGCUCAACUUCAUGGUGUCCACGUUUGUCAUCUGCUUCGUGGGCUUCCAGAUGACAGUGGGCGUGCCGCCAGAUAUCAUGAUAAAGCUCUUUCUGUUCCUGUUCUCGUCGCUCUGUCAGGUUUAUCUGAUUUGCCAUUACGGACAGUUGAUUGCCGAUUCGAGCUUGGGUCUUUCUAAUGCUGCCUACAAACAGAACUGGAACCACGCCGACGUUCGCUAUCGAAGGGCUUUGGUCUUCGUAAUAGCCAGGGCCCAGAAACCCGCUCAUCUAAAGGCCACUGUCUUCAUGAACAUCACGAGGGCCACUAUGACAGAUUUACUUCAAAUAUCAUACAAGUUUUUUGCUUUGCUGCGCACCAUGUAUGUGAAAUAGAGACCAGAGAUGACCAGAACGCAGACGAGAAGAGAUCCCUAAAUCCCUAAGCCCUGCUCUGUACCUCCUGCCUCAUGCUUUCAAAAGCUCAACGGAAAAAUAAUUAUGCGAAGGCAUGAGCCACACGCAUGUCCAUUCUGGAUGUUUCAACACGAAAAAACUUGCAUUUUAGUCGUUUUCCUCAUUCUAUGCAAAGACCAAGAUGGGUAGAUGCUGCAACAAAGGAAAACUGCAAAGUUAAUUUAACGCUUCACUGCCCCAAAAGUUGU